AUGCCCGCCAGGGCCCCCGCCUUCCCCUCUGUCAAUGCUGGCAUCCAGUCCCGCUUCAUGGCUACGGUUCGUCAGAAGCCUACUUCGGAGCGCGCCACUUUCACGAUCCGAGAUGGUCCUAUCUUCCACGGAAAGUCCUUCGGAGCCCGCUCCAACAUUUCCGGUGAGGCCGUCUUUACAACCUCCCUGGUCGGUUACCCCGAAUCCUUGACCGAUCCGUCCUACCGGGGUCAGAUUUUGGUCUUCACCCAGCCCCUGAUUGGGAACUACGGUGUUCCGUCUUUCCAGAAGGACAACCACGGUCUGCUCAAGUACUUCGAGUCCCCCAACCUGCAAGCCGCCGGUGUCGUCGUCGCCGAUGCUGCGGAGCGCUACAGCCACUGGACGGCUGUCGAGAGUCUUGGAGAAUGGUGUGCUCGUGAGGGCGUUCCAGCCAUCUCUGGCGUCGACACCCGUGAAAUCGUCACCUACUUGCGUGAGCAGGGUUCGUCUCUGGCCCGUAUCACCGUGGGUGAGGAGUACGAUGCCGACCAGGAUGAGGCCUUUACCGACCCUGAGCAGAUCCACCUCGUCCGCCAGGUCAGCACCAAGGCCCCCUUCCACGUCAGUGCUGCGGACCCCCAGUGCCACGUGGCUGUCAUCGACUGUGGUGUCAAGGAGAACAUUCUGCGUAGCUUGGUUAGCCGUGGCGCCAGUGUCACCGUGUUCCCCUACGACUUUCCUAUCCACAAGGUCGCCCACCACUUCGACGGUGUCUUCAUUUCCAACGGUCCCGGUGACCCGACUCACUGUCAGGACACCAUCUACCACCUGGGCCGCUUGAUGGAGUCCUCCCAGCUUCCCAUCUUCGGUAUCUGCUUGGGUCACCAGCUCUUGGCUUUGGCCGCUGGUGCCCGCACCGUCAAGCUUAAGUACGGUAACCGUGCUCACAACAUUCCCGCUCUGGACAUGAGCACCGGUCGCUGCCACAUCACCAGUCAGAACCACGGUUACGCGGUUGACACCACGACCCUGCCAUCUGACUGGAAGCCGUAUUUCACCAACCUGAACGACGCGAGCAACGAGGGCAUGAUCCACAAGUCUCGUCCCAUCUUCAGCACCCAGUUCCACCCCGAGGCCAAGGGAGGUCCGCUUGACUCUUCGUACCUCUUCGACAUCUACCUCGACAGCGUGCUGAGCUACAAGAACAACCAGGCCCAGUUCCACCCCCAGCGGGACAGCCGGCCCAACCCUCUCUUGGUCGAUAUCUUGGCCAAGGAGCGUGUUGGUGUGCAGCCUACCGUUGGUAUGCAGAACAUUGCAGCGGCCGCGGCCGCUGCUGCUGCUGGAUCUGCUUAA